AUGGAGCAGAGGAAUCAGAGUGGGAGGGUAAGUGAGUUUGUGUUGCUGGGCUUCCCGGCUCCUGCGCCACUGCGGGCACUUUUAUUUGCCCUUUCUCUGCUGGCCUAUGUGUUGGUGCUGACUGAAAACACACUCAUCAUUAUGGCAAUUAGAAACCACCCCACCCUUCACAAACCCAUGUACUUCUUUCUGGCUAAUAUGUCCUUCUUGGAGAUCUGGUAUGUUACUGUCACUAUUCCCAAGAUGUUAGCUGGAUUUGCUGGGUCCAAACAGAGCCAGGGACAGCUAAUCUCCUUUGAGGGCUGCAUGACACAGCUCUAUUUUUUCCUGGGACUGGGCUGCACUGAAUGUGUCCUUCUUGCUGUUAUGGCCUAUGAUCGCUAUGUGGCCAUCUGCCAUCCUCUCCACUAUGCUGUCAUUGUCAGUGGUCAGCAGUGUGUGCAGCUUGCUGCUGGCUCCUGGGCUGGAGGUUUUGGUAUCUCCAUGGUCAAAGUUUUUCUCAUUUCUCGCCUCUCCUACUGUGGACCCAACAUCAUCAACCACUUUUUCUGUGAUGUCUCCCCAUUACUCAAUCUUUCAUGUACUGACAUGUCAACAGCAGAGCUUACAGACUUUGUUCUGGCCAUUUUUAUCCUGCUGGGGCCACUCUCUGUCACUGGGGCCUCCUAUAUGGCCAUCACUGGUGCUGUGGUACGAAUUCCCUCGGCUGCUGGGCGCCAUAAAGCCUUUUCCACCUGUGCCUCUCACCUCACUGUUGUGAUCAUCUUCUAUGCAGCCAGUAUCUUCAUCUACGCCCGGCCAAAGGCACUCUCAGCGUUUGACACCAACAAACUGGUUUCCGUACUCUAUGCUGUCAUUGUACCUUUGCUCAACCCCAUCAUUUACUGCUUACGCAAUCAAGAGGUCAAGAGAGCCCUACGCCAUACGCUACACCUAUACCAGGGCCAGGAUGCUAAGUGCAGGAAAGCAAGCAGAGAUGGGUAG